GUCCUCAAAGAGCUCUAGUGUCAGGAAGUGGGAAGUAAUCUUUCCAUUUGCAUGAGGAGCAGCUGAGACUGAACAUUGGGCAGUUCACCGGCAGAGAGUUGCAGCAUUCCAAGAUCUGACUCCCUGAUUUAAUUCAUUAUUCAGCUGUACACCUACACAAAAAGUAUUAGCGGAAGAAGAGGCUGUGAUGGCGACUGGAGAGCUGAACCCCAGUCACUACCCUGCUCAGAGGGCAGCCAAAGUGGUCCAACACUACCUCAACACCCGCUACGGCUCUCCAUACAGGCUGUUCGGACUGCAGAGGGUCCUCAGCGGAAACGCAGAGGAUGUGGCAGACUCUGGAAGAAAGUAUCAGCUGGAGAUCUCGGUGCAGGAGAUAAUCGGCAAUACUACAGGGAAUGUCUCUGCAGAGGUUUUGUUUCCGAGGGGAGAACAGCAGCGCUCAGCCCAGGUCCGGGCCUCGUGUGAGGAGCUCCUUAAAAUCAACACUAAAGCUCAAGAAGAGACAUUGUACCAACAGUACAAGACGAACCAAAGCCUGCUGUCUGCACAAAAUUUACCUGAUAGCUACGGUCACAUUGAGCCUGACAUGAAGCCUUUCUGGCACCUGGGCAUUGUGGCCUCCAGCUUCGUCAUGCUGAACGAAUCCACUGAAAACACUCUGUACAACAUGGCUCAGGUGGCCAACAUCACGCAGCUGGCAACUGAGAACGACCAGCUGAAGUUUGACUGUCACAUACUGCUGCAUGAGAUGGUGUCCCAGGAAAUCAUUCACUGGAAACUGCUGUUCACCUGGUCUCCUCCAGAGGGAGUUAAAGUGCUGCAGAUGGAACAGCUGCCACACUGCCAUGAGUGUGAAAAAACUCCAAACACAAACUAAACUGCUGACAUUCAUCACACUGCCAUAACUACCAAAACAACAUCCUGUAUUUAAACUUUGAAGCAUAAAUGUGUAUUUGGUGAUGCUGCAAGCACAAACCUUUGAACUACAGAAAGUUUAUACUAUCAAAAUGGGAUGAGUCCAUCAUCUAUAAUGAUUAUAUCCUCACAUUGUGCUACUUUUGGUUGCUAUUGUAUUUUAGCCAAAAUAAACAGUUUAUACAGAC